UAACCUUUUCGCACUUCUCAAUUUUAAAAAAUAUUUCGUUCUUGGCGAGAUCUGUCGCUCACUUGUGGCGAACGAGAAAGCCUCGCUAACGGUGGAUCCGCUUUGGAUUUCCAGUUCCAUUCGCGUCUUGUUCGCCGCCCUCCUCCGACGGCGGGUCGAAGGGGAAAAUUGACGCAGAUCUUCGUGAUUGAGGUUCUAUCUCAUCGCGUGAGGAAGCAGAUGGUGGAUGCGUUUGAAAUGACGAUCUCAGUCGGCAUAUUUUUGGUUUUGGUGGCCUGAGUUGGAAUUUGUACCUGUUAUGUUUUGUUCGCGCAUUGCUUGUUUUAGAUUUCUAGAUGACAGAUCUUGCUUGCAAAUUGGUGCUCCCGAUGGGGGAAUAAGAAAUCGAAGGGAUGUUAUUGUUUACGAACGUGGUGGCUUUAUCAGAUAGGAGGUCGUUCUUCCUGUGACAGUAUCGGGUUUUGAGAUUUUUAGUGGCACGGACUUGAUUUAGAAGGAUUUUAUAGAUAUCUGGUAAAUUCUUCUGUCUAGCACGCCCGGUAAUCCCGACAAAUUGGAAUAUUUUGGUAGAUCUGAUGUUAUUUUCUUUGAAUUAUUGAGGAUUGUUUCUGCCAAAAGUUAUCGAUGCGGUACGGAUAAGAUUUGACCAGUAGGUGCUUUCGAUUGAUUCUUUCCAAGGAUUUUAUAACUUCGUCAAAUUUCAGCUAAGGUAGUUUAUUCGAUGUUCAUCUAGUGCCCUUCUAACUAGGGGAACCAUCACAUUUAGCUGUAAGCUGUGGGAUUCUCUGAAUCUUGACGAUGUCUUACUCAAAAAGCUAUUCUUAUCCCCGGCCUCUCUACAGCAUUGCUUUAGCAGUGGGAGUAUUAGCUCUGUUUCUUAUUAUAGCCUCAAUAAUGCUGGUUUCAUAUCCUCUUGGUUCAACAUUGCAUGGGUAUUUAUUAGGACCAGAUCGGUACAUGAAUACAGAUUCAAUAAUCCUGAAUGCUAAUCAGACCAAAAUUUUGCCAUCAUCAUUGGAUCGUUCACAGGACACUAAUGAGGACAUCGUUAUAAAGGAACCUUCAUCUGAUUUUGAUGUGCCUACGAAUUCUGUAGAUUCUGCUGGGGCAGCCACUGAUGGAGUGAUGGUGAAAGGAGAUGCGAGUACCUUAGGUGUGCCCAACAUAACACUAGUCUCUGAGUUGAAAGACAUGUCUUCCCCUUCUAGUUUUGACAGAUCUAAAAAGAUUGGUACAGAAAGCUCUGAAGCUUCCAAGAAGCAUGAUUCUAGGAGUUGUGAUCUUUAUAGUGGGAAAUGGAUCUAUGAUGCUGCUGGACCUUUGUAUACAAACAAUACUUGCCCAGUAAUUACUCAGAUGCAAAACUGUCAGGGAAAUGGGAGGCCAGACAAGGACUAUGAGAACUGGAGAUGGAAGCCUGAAUAUUGUGACCUUCCACGCUUUGAUGCAAGGAAAUUCUUAGAAUUAAUGAGAGGCAAGACAUUAGCUUUUGUUGGGGAUUCCGUUGCCAGAAAUCAGAUGGAAUCCAUGCUUUGCAUUCUAUGGCAGGUAGAGGCUCCCAAGAACAGAGGCAACCGUAGGAUGCAGAAAUGGUACUUCAGAUCCACCUCCACUACUAUCGUCAGAAUAUGGUCAUCAUGGCUUGUACACAAAACCUCUGAGCACUUUGAGCCUGUUCCAGAUAAUGUCGUCAAGGUUCAUCUGGACCUUCCUGACGAAGACUUCAUGGAAUUUCUCCCGAAGUUUGAUGUAGUGGUCCUUUCCUCGGGCCACUGGUUUGCUAAGCAAUCUGCCUACAUCCUCAAUGCAACCCUUGUUGGGGGACAACUUUGGUGGCCCAAGACAGCAGGGAAAAUGCAGAUCAAAAACUUUGAUGCAUUUGCUGUUUCCGUGGAGAGCUGCCUUACUGCCAUCGCCUCUCAUCCAAACUUCAAAGGUUUAGCUAUCGUCCGAACGUACUCACCCGAUCAUUAUGAGGGCGGAGCUUGGAACACUGGAGGUUCAUGCACAGGAAAGACCAAGCCUGCCACCACUGUAGUAACAAACGAGUUUACUGACAUGAUGCACGAGAAGCAGGUUACCAGUUUUGCUCGUGCAGUGGAGAAGAUUGGGGCCAGUUCAAAGCUGAGAUUGAUGGACAUAACCAAGCCAUUCGGCCACAGACACGAUGGACACCCAGGUCCAUACAGGAGUCCUGACCCAAACAAGGUUACAAAAAGGGGACCAAACGGAGAGCCACCACCACAAGAUUGUCUGCAUUGGUGCAUGCCUGGGCCAGUCGAUACUUGGAACGAAAUUCUACUAGAGAUCAUCCGGAGAGAGUUCGAAGACAACUAGUAAUGGUGGAUCACUGCGUCCAGUACAUAAAUUUACAUCUAUCCUAACACAGUUACCCUGGGAGGAGUCUCUCCCGUGACUUGGAAUCAGAACCACAGCUAUCCAUAUCUUUCAAGUUCUUUCUUUUGUUAUAUGUUUCAUCUCUGCCUCUAUUCUUUUAUAUGCAAAUAGUUAACUGUAACCACGCUGUUUUCCUUCGAUAAUUCAAUUCAGGGUUCAGGUUCCGCCUGAUUAAUUUUGGA